AUUUUGAAUUUUGAUUUUUAGAACCAAAAUAACUUAAAAAAUACUGAGUUAAAAAUCUUUUUCUUAUAUUAAGUACUGUGUGGAUACAGCGUAGAUAAAUUUCUCUCAUCAUUGAUGAUUAUUCCGAUGCUAAAUAAUCCUAUACGAAGCCAUUUACGGUAUGGUGGUACAGUUUGUCUUCACUGUAUAAGAACAAUGACUUCAGCGCCAGGCCCUGUGGAAUGUACAAUUAGAAACAAACUACAGUCAACUUUAGAAGCUAGACAUGUGGACGUUAUAAAUGAAUCGUACAUGCACAAUGUCCCCAAGGGUGCUGAAACACACUUCAAAGUAGUCGUCGUGUCUGAUAAAUUUGAUGGACUACCCUUAAUAAAACGGCACAGGCUAGUGAAUGAUCUCUUAAAGGAUGAGUUGCAGUCUGGUGUGCAUGCACUGUCUAUUGUAGCAAAGACUCCACAACAGUGGAAUGAAAGUGAUAAAGUAAUUGAGAGUAGCCCUAACUGCAGAGGAGGCUUUGGCAAAUGAUUUUUGAUCAGCUUCUACUUCUAGGAUAGAACUUCACUUAAAAGUUAGGUAUUACUGAAGUCAAUUCUGAUAUGAUUCUUUAAACUUAAAACUAAAUUUAACAUCAGUCCCUCCUUUUCAUUCUGUUUAGACAAGGAGAAGGAUACACUGUUGUUAAAUUUUAGUUUAGGUUUAGAGAAUGGUACCAGAAUAGACACCACUGUCAUGAUAGCCUUGCAACUGCUGCCCAGUUCGAAUCAGUAGCUGGAUAGGCAACUUGCUUGUUUACAAUUUGGUAUUUACUCAAAUAUAAUAAAAUUUGUUGUUCUUGUU